UGGUUCGUUACUACAGAGGCAAUUUGAUUGAUUUUGUGGUGCAGGAAAAUUUGCACUAUGGAUGCUGCCACAAUUAUUUGCAUAUGCAUUGAACUUUCCAAUACAGAAAUUCUUGCAAGCGCAGAGGAAAAUGAUAGUAAUGGCAUGUGUAUCAGCAAUAGUGCUAGUCCUACAUGUUUUUUUUAGUUGGCUCCUAAUGCUGAAGCUUGGAUGGGGUUUGAUUGGUGCUGCUGUCACUCUCAAUACCUCAUGGUGGCUCAUUGUAUUUGGACAAUUGCUCUACAUUUUCAUCACCAAAUCAGAUGGUGCUUGGAGUGGAUUCACUUGGCUUGCUUUUGUUGACUUGUGGGGCUUUAUCAAGCUUUCUUUAGCUUCUGCUGUUAUGUUAUGUUUGGAGUUCUGGUACUUGAUGGUACUGGUGGUGAUAACUGGCCGUCUGCCAAAUCCUUUGAUACCAGUUGAUGCCAUCUCUAUCUGCAUGAAUAUUCAAGGAUGGGAUGCCAUGAUUGCAAUUGGGUUUAAUGCUGCCAUAAGUGUGAGAGUAUCAAAUGAACUUGGAUCUGGUAAUGCAAGAGCAGCAAAAUUUGCAGUGAUAGUGGUGUCUGUGACAUCGGUGUCCAUAGGAGUGGUUUGCAUGGCCAUUGUGUUUGCAACUAGAGAUUAUUUCCCAUACCUUUUCACAAAUAGCACUGCAGUUGCUGAAGAAACUACCAAGCUUGCCACCUUGCUCGGAGUCACUGUUCUUUUAAACAGUCUUCAACCGGUCUUAUCUGGUAUGUACAUACACAACAUGGCUACACUUCAAGGUUCUAAAUCGCGGUAUCGGGUAACGUAACGGUAUCGAUCGCGG